UCUUAUAAAAACCCCACAGCCUUUCACCAACAGCCUGUAGUUGUCUCUCCCCACUGCUGCUCCAGGAGACGGUGCGAGUGACCCGGAGACACCAUGAAGAGCCUGCUCCUUCUCUCCAUCCUGGCUGCCUUGGCUGUGGCAGCUCUGUGUUAUGAAUCUCAUGAAAGCCUGGAAUCCUAUGAAAUCAAUCCCUUCAUUAACAGGAGAAACGCUAACGCCUUUAUAUCACCACAACAGAGAUGGAGAGCGAAAGCCCAAGAGAGAAUCCGAGAACUCAACAAGCCUCAAUACGAGCUCAACCGGGAAGCUUGUGAUGACUUCAAACUUUGCGAACGCUAUGCCAUGGUGUAUGGAUACAAUGCUGCCUAUGACCGUUAUUUCCGGCAGCGCCGAGGGGCCAAAUGAGACUGGACAAAAGUCUCUUUCCAGAGCCUGGUGCCUGGUUUUGUUUUCCCUUGCAGUAGCAUUACUGAACUAUAUAGAAACAUACGAAUCGCUUAAUUGUUCCUUAAACGUUCUUGUCUGGCUGCAUCCCUCUUUCCUGCCCACAGGUUGAAAAGUAAUGAAAAUGAAGCGAAGUGAAGGUCAAGGGGAAGUUAAGAUGUGUGAUUCUUCCAUAAUAAACUUCUGGUUGGAUACUUA